AUGAACUUCCUCGGUGGCUCUCUUCGCAGCGGUGGCGGCCACCGUAGGGACAAAGGAUUCUCUGCCAAGAACAAGGUGCAGCAGUACCACGGCGACGGCAGCGAGUGGAUUAUCCUUGUGGGACGCCCGUUCCGCGUCCUGCAGAAGAUUGGUGACGUGCCGCCCCCCUACAUGGUAGGCCGUCAGCGCUGCAUGAAAUACGGCGAGGGCGGCAGCUCCUACGUGUACCUGGUGGAGAACACGAACCACCUGCCUGAGUUCCCGCGGCAUCUGGCUCUGAAGCGGUCAUUCUUCGCGGUGGACCAGGUCACGGAAGCGCACAAGGAAGUCGAAAUCGUCUCUCACGUAGAGGACAAGAACAUUUCGCGCGUGUUCCACAGCGAGAUCUCGCGCAGUGAGGGGCGCCUCGGCGUCAGCAUCGCGAUGGAGUACUGCUCCAACAACCUUUACCGCCGCAUCCGUAGCAGCGCCGGCGCCGGCCUCGGAACCCGGCUGACCGAGGCCGAGAUUUGCCAUGUCAUGUUUGCUGUGACGAGCGCUCUUGGGUACCUACACACGCAGCAGCCGCCCAUUACGCACCGCGACAUCCGCCCCGAGAACAUCCUCAUCAACAACAAGUACGCCGGCCCCGCCGCGUACAAGCUGACGAACUUCGGCAACGCCACCACGGAGGCGUAUCAGUGCGAAACCCGAGAGGAGGCGAACAUGGCGAUUGCAGAUAUUCAGAUGCACACAAACCCGGCCUUCCGCGCGCCGGAGAUGGCGGACCCGUGGAGCAAGAAGCGCAUCUGCGAAAAGACAGACAUGUGGGCAAUGGGGGUGCUCCUCUACUACAUGAUGUACCUGUGCCUCCCUUUUGACCCAAGCACCACCAUCGGCAAGGAGAAGUGGGUCGUCACUUUCCCCUCGCAAACGAUGACCUCCUACACGACGUCACUGCGGGUCAUGGUUGAGCACCUGCUGGACCCCGACCCGUACUCCCGCUGGGACAUCUUCGCGCUAACCAACUACAUGCGCUUCGACGAGGACUGCAGCCGUCACCUCGGCACCUUCUGCUUCACCAAGACCGAGUGGCCGGAAGGGUGGGAGGAGCAGGACGUGAAGGUUCUGGGGCGCGCCCCACCGCCGAAGGCACCGCCAGUCUCGUACCAUGAGCCCGGGCACGAGCAGCUGGACACCCGCGGCGUCAACACCCAAGGAUCCCUCCACGGUCACAUCAGCACCCACCAACCCCUCAAUGACCGCGGAAACGCCAGAGAUGGCGCCGUCGCUGACGGCGAUGCGGUGCAGGAAGCAAUGAUAGUCCUCGGCGGCGACCCAGAGGACGAUGACCCCGCGGUGGCUGAGUACCGUCAUAAGAUCAUCGUGGAGCAGGAGGAAGCGUGGAGGCGCGCCAAGGCGGCGGCUGGUCUCCGAGACUCCCCGCCAAUGGACCCUCCGGAGAGCAGCGCAGCGCCGGCACCCACUGGGGCGAGUAACGGGGUCGAGAAGGACGUCUUUGACGAUCUCUUUGCCAGUGCGUCGCCGACAGUGCCCCCAGUCUCUCAGGCCCCAACUGUCAUGACCCCCUCCGUUCAGCUCCCAAUUCAUCGACCGCCGGAGAAGGACCCAUUCAGCACCAGUGAUCUCUUCAGUACUUCGGCGCCGCAGCCAAACCCGUCGUACCCAAUGAUGAACACCUAUGGCCAAGCGCCACAGCAGCAGAUAGCGAUGGGCUGCUGGGGUAGUGGGGCGCCUGUGAUGGGCGGUGGCGGGUAUCCGAUGCAGCAGCCUCAGAACCCGCAGCAGGCCCCCUGGGGGCCCGGCGUUAACAACGCAAACAACUACGCUCCUCCUCCUCCUCCUCCUCAGCAAUUCACGAACUUUCUGGCCGCUGGGCCGGGCCAGCAACCGAGUCAGCAGCCGGAAACAAGGCAGCCACGCACGGCCCGGGCGGCACCCAAGGACCCCUUUGCCGAUCUCUUCAACUAG